AUGGACAGCGUCGUUCAGUAUCUGCUCAACCACUCGCGGCUGGAGAUCACACUAGUCAGGAUAACAGAAUGCACAGCAGAUAGUUUCAACGUCUCGGUAGAGGCCCAAGUGACCUCCACCGGCCCAGUCGGCUCGAUCAUUGACGCCAUGCUCGUCGACCUCGUCUAUCUCGAUCGGGAAUUCGGCAAGAUGCUGCUGCCGCGGGUGAAGACGCGCUUCAACGGCGCCCACGUGCACUUUUACGACCAAACCAUCCACAUCUCCGACAUGGCCAUCUGGCUGCAGCUCUUAUCGGACUCCAUCCACAACGAGAAGCUAAUGUACCAGCUCCGCAACGGCGAGGCCCAUCUCAAGGGUCCUUUUGGGACGACGGCGCAGUGCGGGUACAACAAGGAUAUCCACGUGUUGGGGAUGAACGGGUUCCCCGUCCUCAUCAAGGAUGUCGACCCAGAAGAGGGAAAGGUGGUGAUGACCAUGAGGAAUCUGAGCACGUUUGAGAUCGACUAUGGGCCGACGGUGUUCGAGAUUCAGGAGGGUGGAGAGGAAGGGCAGUGGAGGACGAUUGCGAGAUUGAAGGGUGACUUCUUUACCAAAAGGGGGGAGUUUCAUGUUCCCCUUGAGGUUGAGACGGUGUCUCUAGACGAUGAGACCAACCGCCAUGUUGACGGAGAGGGUGAGGUGAAUGGGAGCGUGAUAAGUCCAGCAGCAAGGAAGCUGGGGUUGGAUGUGGAAAAGACCUAUUAUUUUCAAGGCGUUCGAACGGAGAAGGAGGGUGCGUGGACAAAUGAGGCGAUCAAGCUUAUUCGAAGUCCAGUUUUGUUGACAGAAAAGUUUAUUUCUUUGUACUGA